UCUCCUCCUAAUCAAACCUCGGAACUUCUUGUCAAAUAUUUCUCCAGAAUGUCUGCCAUGCUUGUUACAAUCCUCAUCUGCUUCUCCACUUCUGUCUCUGCUUUCCUCCAUUUUUAUGUUGCUUUCGCUCUUAUAGCGUCAAAGAAGACCUGUACAGUUAGUGGCUUCUUACUACUUCAUCUCUCCGUCUGUUCUACUGUAACCUGUAUUCUAGGUUUCCAAGCUGGUUUUACAAUUUCUAGGUCGUCUUCUUUAUCUUUAUUUCUAUGCCAGGUUCACGGAUAUUUUACUGAGAUCAUCCAUCCGUUGGUUCUUUGGAAUCUGGCAUUCGUUCAUCUAGAUAGAUUUAUAUCUAUAGUUCAUCCUCUCAGGUAUAGUUCCCUGUUAACCCUGAGACGAGUGGUUCUUCUGGUAGUGUUCUCCUGGAUCCUAAUCCUACUCUCAACAUCUCCAACUCUUAUCUCAAGACCUGGACUCUCUUCAAACUUUUCAAUAGGAGGUGGAAGUUGUCCUCCUGUGUGGAACUCUGCUCCUGUUUACUCUAUUAUCUAUACAUUUAUCUCCUACUUUACGCCAAUUCUUCUCAUGCUCAUCUGGAAUAUAUACAUUGUCAGUAUUGCCAGGCACCACGAAUACAGAAUAGCAAACGCAUUAUUUCUCAUCACAAAACAAGCAACAAGAGUACGUGAGGUACAGCGUACAGCUCUCCAGAGAUUUCAAGGAUUUACAGCUAUAUUGACCCUGGGUCAGCUGCUGGGCAGUAUACUUAUACUCUACACUCCAUACUUUACAAUACUGAUUAUUGAAGCAUUCUCUACAUCCGCUUCUCCAAUUCCAAUAGGUGUACAGUGGACCUGUCAUGUACUACUGUAUAUAAGUCCAUUCAGCAAUGCAAUAAUCUACGGAAUAAAGAGCAGGAAUGUAAGACUAACCCUACUUCACUACACAAGGAAGCAAUUUUACAAAUCUGAGGUUAAUCGUGAAAUAUCUCGGAGGUCUCCUGCUCCCUGUUCAAGAAGACCUUCAAUAUCUUCCCUGCUGUCGUCCUUCGGUGGUAGAAGUGUCGAGGGAGUUGCAGCUCAUCUGCAUGCUAAACUUGCAGAUAUACAAGGAAAGGGGAUAUCAUACAAUGAGACCCAUAAAACUGUGGAAUAGGAACACGAUAUUUAUGCAACAUUUUCUGUAUUUAAUGUUGUCAUGAAACAAAAAGUUUUACUAGUAGCUUGAAAAUCAACUUGUUAAAUGAAAUAGGCUUAUUUACACUGCACAAUAACUGUGUUUUACGUUCUUUUGACUGCUUAUAAUCAUAAGUUGAUUCUAAAUAUUGUCUUCCUUAUUCCAUAGUUAUAUUGCUCUCACUGUAGAAUUCAUUAAUUUUCAAAACAUUUUCUUUUACUUUUUUCUUAAAUUCUAUGUAAGUUUGAAUCCAAUUACAGACAGGGUUAGGAUACAUGACACUUUUAAAGGAUAUAGAUUAAAUGAAUGUGCAAAGAAAAAAAGAACUACGGCAAAGUACAAAUAACGUAGGAUAUCAAAUUGUAUUAUUUCAAUAAAAUUCGUCUCAGAAGUCUUAUACUUUGUGGGUAAACCUGUACAAAUAUAUUUGCCGACCUAUAAAUAAAUAGUUAGGAUUUUGUGUUCUGUAAAAGUAUUAAUUUAAAGGGACAAUAAAAUGGCAUGUCCAAUUAAAAACGGUGCCUAUUUAGAAAUUUUGUCUGACUCAAAUAUUCAUCAUCUUCUCUUUUAAAAAUUGAUUAUUUUCGAUUGUGGUUUCUCAAUUCAGUGACUUGCAGAUUUCUCCUUUAGAAAAUCAGGAGAAAGUUUUUUGAAUUAAAACAAUUUGAAUUUAGAAAAACGAGGAUAUUUUCCCAAUUAUUGAUCAAAUAAAGAUUGAAAGUGUUCCUCUUUAAUUGGAAAGUUAAUUGAAAUGACGUUGAAAGUCCUUUAAAAGUAUUAAAUAUUCCCAUUUCUCCAUUUAUAUUUUAAAGUCUGGCAAGAAAGGCUUCAAUAAAUAAUUAAUCUUGAAGUUCUUUUUAAUCUAAUCGGUUAAAUUAUAGCAAAGUAUAUUUCAAUAAAAUAAAAAAAGACAGAAUAUCUUUCAUCAUGAAUAAGCAUGAUACAAAAGUGGAAUUAUAAACGUUGAUUAGUUUAUUAAAUAAUAAAAAUGUGUUGGUUUUCCGAAGCAUGGAUCGUUCUAAGGUUGAGUAGGAUUGGUAGGAUAGUUCUAAGGUUGAGUAGGGUUGGUAGGAUAGUUCUAAGGUUGAGUAGGUUUGGUAGGAUAGUUCUAAGGUUGAGUAGGGUUGGUAGGAUAGUUCUAAGGUUGAGUAGGAUUGGUAGGAUAGUUCUAAGGUUGAGUAGGGUUGGUAGGAUAGUUCUAAGGUUGAGUAGGGUUGGUAGGAUAGUUCUAAGGUUGAGCAGGUUUGGUAGGAUACUUCUAAGGUUGAGUAGGGUUGGUAGGAUAGUUCUAAGGUUGAGUAGGUUUGGUAGGAUCGUUUUGAGACUGAGUAGGGUUGUAUGAACAUCUUGAUGUAGGGUAGGGGUGAUCGGAUUGUUCUGAGGUUGAGUAGGAUGAUAGGAUCGUUAUCAGGUUGAGUAGGGUUGGUAGGAUCGUUCUGAGGCUGAGUAGGGUGGUAGGAUCAUCUUGAGGUUGGUUAGGGGUGGUAGGAUCGUUUUGAUGUUGAGUAGGGUUGGAAGGAUUGUUCACAGGUUGAGUAGGGGUAGUAAGAUCAUUGUGUGGUUGAGUAGGAUUGGUAGGAUUGUUCUGAGGUCGAGUAGGGGUGGUAGGAUCGUUCUGAGACUGAGUAGGGUUGUAUGAUUAUCUUGUUGUAGAGUAGGGGUGAUCGGAUUGUUCUGAGGUUGAGUAGGGUGAUAGGAUCGUUAUCAGGUUGAGUAGGGUUGGUAGGAUCGUUCUGAGGCUCAAUAGGGUGGUAGGAUCAUCUUGAGGUUGGGUAGGGGUGGUAGGAUCGUUCUGAUGUUGAGUAGGGUUGGAAGGAUUGUUCACAGGUUGAGUAGGGGUAGUAGGAUCAUUGUGUGGUUGAGUAAGAUUGGUAGGAUUGUCCUGAGGUCGAGUAGGGGUGGAAGGAUCGUUCUGAGACUGAGUAGGGUUGUAGGAACAUCUUGAGGUAGGGUAGGGGUGAUCGGAUUGUUCUGAGGUUGGUUAGGGUUGGUAGGAUCUUUCUGAGGCUGAGUAGGGUGAUAGGAACAUCUUGAGUUAGGGGUGGUCGGAUUGUUCUGAGGUUUAGAUAGGUGGUAGUAUCGUUAUUAGGUUGAGUAAGGUUGGUAGGAUCGUUCUGAGGCUGAGUAGGGUGGUAGGAUCAUCUUGAGGUUGGGUAGAGGUGGUCGGAUUGUUCUGAGGUUGAGUUGGGUGGUAGGAUCGUUAUCAGGUUGAG